AUGGCAUCCAAGAACUUGAUUGUCGUUUUCGGUGCAACUGGAGCACAAGGUGGCUCGGUGGUUCAGAACAUCCUCAACGAUCCUAAAUUGAAGGAGAAUUGGGCAGUUCGAGGGGUCACUAGAGACAUCACAAAGGCUUCCGCGAAGAAACUCGAGGCUCUCGGUGCUGAGACAGUUGCUGCUGAUUUGAACGAUGCUGCGACUCUCAAAACUGCAUUGAAGGGAGCUUAUGCUGUCUUUGCCGUUACCAACUUUUGGGAAAGCCAAAGUGCAGAAGUAGAGAAGAAGCAAGGAAUGGCAAUUGCGGAUGCUGCCAAGGAAGCUGGCGUCCAGCAUUUCAUCUGGAGCUCAUUGUUGGACAUUACGGAGCUCACCAAAGGAGCUCUCCCUAAGGUCACACAUUUUGACUCUAAAGCCCACAUCGAGGAAUAUGUUAGACAGAUUGGAAUCCCCGCGACUUUCUUCUUAGCUGGAUUCUAUAUGUCCAAUAUUCCUGGUCAAAUGUUGCGACAAUUACCACCUGACAACAAAUGGAAACUUGCCUUUCCAAUCCCAUCUUCAGCUCCUAUUCCACUUCUUGCUACUGUUGAGGACACUGGCAAAUUUGUCAAAGGCAUCCUUCUCAAUAGAGAAAAGGUUCUUGGAAAGCGAAUCUACGGUGCCACUAAGUAUUACACCUUGACUGAGAUCUUGAAGGAAUUCAAGGAACAGUUUCCUGUCGCUAGUGAAGGGUCUGAGAACGUUCAACUUCCCCAUGAUGUCUACAAGGGCAUCCUUAAGAGUGUUGGCUUGAAUGACGAGGCUCAAGAGGAGUUGCUACAGAAUAUGAGACUGUUGAACGAAUUCGGAUAUUACGGAGGUGAUUCUUUGGAGGAAAGUCAAUCAAUCUUGGUGGACAAAUUGACAACAUGGAAGGAGUUUAUGGCAAAGAGUCCAGCUUUUGCCGAGUUGAAGUAA